ACAUACAAACUGUGACUAACUCUGUGUGACAGGGGAGGAAGAAAAAACAACACUGAGUCUAUAACUCAGGCUAGCUAACAGGUCUUUAAAAGAUUUAAAUCCUCACUAGUUCUCGGUCAUGUGAAGCGGUCUAUAACGGCUGGUAUUGUUUCGUGCUUCUUGUUUAUCCUAAUAAUCGCCGACCGAGGAAGAAUGGCGGCAUAGCCUGUAUAUUUUAGAAGUUUAUCGAGUGAUGUUAAGGCGGUGCUGUGUGAGGAGUUUCCGUGUUAUGUCUUGUCCCUAGAGCGCCGUUCUCGAGGUCAUUCUCUGUGGUUCUGCAUUAAUAUGUACAAACUCCGACUCCACCAAUCCUACCUGUGUUUUGGAGCCUUCGUCUGUUAUGCCAUCAGCUUGCUGUUCUUCAUUCUUUGUUUCUGCACAAACCACUGGUGGUACUUCCGGUUAGACGGGAAAAUCAUCAACGUGGGGCUGUGGAUGGGUUGUUGGAGAUCCGACAACGGAGAGUCGGAAUGUUCCAAUUCAAUGUUCGAGAACAAGAUUUUCAAGAGUGGCGGAGGUAGUGAUUGGUACCAUGGGGCCCGGAUACUCAUGACGUGUUCACUGAUGGCGAUUUUCCUUCAGGAGUUAGCACUUAUCGGAUUCUUUUGCAUUCACGAAGUCGAGAAGUACAGACAGAAACUUGCCGGUGUUGUCUUAGGAUUUUCUGCUGUCGUUGCCUUUCUUUUGCUGCUCAAUUUUAUAAUCACUGGACCGGAAGCCAACAGACUCCCGGAAGGACGAUUAGGCUGGUCUUUCGGACUGACGUUCUUUUGUAUUAUCUCAGAAAGUGUGCUUGGUGUUGCAAUAUUCCUGGAACGAAGAAAUUAUUUAAAUAUCAAUAAAGAUCUCAAAACAAAGAACCCGACAAAAACACGUGUAAAAAAUUCCCACACUGGUUGUUUGGAUCCUAGUUUAGUCAACGAAUUGCCUUGUCCAUAUCCUAAGGAUGACCAGUCCUUCUCCUAUCGGUCCUCUACAGCCAGCCUUUCCUUGCCUACCGGAUCUUACUACCACAUGCCAGACAAUCUCUCAGUAGACACUGUCUCAACAGACAUCGUGCGCUACAACGAGGAACCAGGAUCCUCCAAACGCGGCCAGACGGAAUGGGAGGUUUGAUUGAUAAUUAAUCAAUUAAUUAAUCUUCUCGACUACAAUCAAUGUGUUAUUCUACUUGGAAAGACGUACUCGUCAUCAGUCUUACGGCUAUAUAUAUAGAUUGUUUUAUACGAGGAGCCAAGAAGGCAAAAUUAUUUCAUGCAUAAGUCAGCUGUUAGUAUUUCAUUAAGCGGUCAAUUGUGCAAUACAGAAUGCAAUGAAGGCAUUUAUUGUGGACGUGGAAUUGGAGAAUAAACAUGUUAACGCA